AUGGCACCCAAGCGACCUUCGACUUCGACAGCAGACUCGUCGGCUGCUCUCCCCGUUUCAUCCGAGGCUAACGCCCGCCGUUCGACGCGCUCAAGCCUAGGAGGUACCGGUGGUGCGACCAGCUCCCCUACCAAAUAUGAAGAGCAAACCAAAACCUCGUCCAACGGUACAAAGGACAAGAAGGGAGAAGAGGCCCAGUUGACCUCCAAGGACGCCGAGGCAAGCAAGGUUGGCGCUGGCAAGGCUAGCCAGGCUGGUGAGGCCGAGCAAGCCGCCGAGGAGGCCGAACCCGCUGCGAAAAAGGCCAAGAAGGAUGGCGUCUACAAGCGCAACGACAUAAUUGAGGACAUCGUGCUCCAGGAUGGUCGGUUCGACUUUAGGUCGGGUGUUUGCCUUGGAGUGCGCGGCACAAGUUUGCUGAAGAACCUCUCCGGUGUUGGCAUGGACCCCACAGAGAACGAUUCUCCGGUGUCACUCAAGUCCCUGUAUGAUGCCAGCGGGUAAGCUACGACACCGGUCUUCUACACAAUAUGUGACUGUUCAACAGUACCUCGUUCGUUCUGACCGCUGACUAUCUCUCCUGUGCCCCGUGACCAAUGCUCCGAUUGACUCCGGGGAAUGCAGACUUGUCAUCUUUUCGUACCCUCGAGCGAACACUCCCGUGAGUUACACCACUUCUGAGAGGACAACGCUGGGACACGUCAAAGAACAUCAACGAUGGUCGGAUGGUCACCCUGUCCCGACGAAGCACGCGCCUCCCUCCACGUCGUCGUGAGACUGACAUCACGAUUUUUGACAUUCCAUUCACUGACGUCCAGGGCUGCACGAACCAAGCUUGCGGCUAUCGUGACAUCCACGCCGAGUUCAUCGAGCUCGGCUUCCAAGUCGUCGGGCUCUCGACGGAUAAGCCGGGUGCUCAGAUGAACUGGAAGAAGGCCAAGAACCUUCCGUACACGUUGUUGUCGGAUCCCAAGAAGGAGCUGUUGUCUCGUCUGGGCGCCACCGAUGCGAAGAAGUAGGUCAGCGUUCCAGGGCCAAGGCGAGGUUCAAAUGACACUUACGACUAUUCUUUCGAUCCCGUUUCAGACGGUGCCACUGGGUGAUUGAGAAGGGCGGACGUUUGGCCGAGCAAGACAUUGGUGUCAAACCCGCCUCUGACCCGACGAACGCGCUCAACAUUGCCAAAGCGCUCGCCUCGACGACCAAGGGCAAGCCGGCGCAGAAGUAG